GGCCCACUAGAAACUCGCCCCGCGAGAUGGCGCAGCUGUCACCCUCUUUGGUUUCUGCGUUGCGCUUUCGGCGAGUUUCGUCUAGAAAUCCCGUCGGGCCCUCGGCCGCUUUCCUCCUCCCCCGAUCCAAUCUGUCGUCCAGACAUCAGCGAAAUGACGACCUGCUUGCCGUCUGCCGCUCUGAGAACUCCAAUUUGGACGCGCCGUUUGACCGAAUACUGAUCUCCGCAUUCCAACGCUCAAACACCACCCGGGCGGCUGCGCCCCCAACUCCCCCCGUCCGCCCAACGCCCAUCCCCCAAAAGGCUCCGAUCUGAUUCCGAGCCCCGCCAGGCGCCAGCCUUCUCCCGCCGCGUCGCACGUGCGCCCCACCCCAUACUCACGCUCGAGCCGCGAUCCCAUCCGGGGGUUCCGAUGCGGUCGCCGGCGCUCCUGGCCGCCGCCCUAGCCGCGGUGGCACUCCUAGCUGCCGGUGCCGGAUUCGCGGUGGCCGCGACGGAGGAGGCCUACGUCACGCUACUGUACGGCGACGAGUUCGUGCUCGGCGCGCGCGUCCUUGGGAAGUCCCUCCGCGACACCGGCACGCGGCGCGACAUGGUUGUGCUCGUCUCCGACGGCGUUUCCGAGUACUCGCGGAAGCUCCUACAGGCAGACGGUUGGAUCGUGAAUCGUAUAACGUUACUGGCUAAUCCUAAUCAAUUUAGGCCAAAGAGGUUUUGGGGCGUCUACACCAAGCUGAAGAUAUUUAACAUGACAAGCUACAAAAAAGUUGUUUACCUUGACGCAGAUACUAUAGUUGUGAAAAGUAUCGAGGAUCUUUUCAAGUGUGGCAAGUUUUGUGGAAACUUGAAGCAUUCUGAAAGAAUGAAUUCUGGUGUGAUGGUUGUUGAACCCUCUGAAACUCUUUUCAAUGAUAUGAUCAAAAAAAUGGAUCAAUUGCCUUCUUACACAGGAGGGGACCAAGGUUUUCUAAAUUCAUAUUAUUCUGAUUUUGCCAACUCCCGUGUCUAUGAGCCAGACUCGCCUUUAACUCCUGAACCAGCGACACAACGCCUUUCUACCUUGUAUAAUGCUGAUGUUGGUCUUUACAUGCUAGCAAACAAGUGGAUGGUUGAUGAAAAGGAAUUAAGAAUCAUCCAUUACACACUGGGUCCCCUAAAACCCUGGGACUGGUUCACAGCGUGGCUUGUAAAACCUGUUGAAACAUGGCAGGAUAUUAGGCAAAAACUUGAAGAAUCUCUUCCAGGAACUGGUGGGGGAAGGAACCCUCAUGACCAGCUGGUUGUCAAAAUAUUGUUCAUUCUCCCAUUUUGCUUGCUGCUAUUUGGUUAUUACCAAUCAUGUUUUCAGACAGACAAGGAGUUGGUAAGUAUAAGAUCUCUAUGUGCUUUUGCUAGAAGAGCUCGCCAUAAAUACAAGUCUGAAGAGUCACUUCCAUCUUAUUCAGUGUUAUCAAAUGGACAUUUGAAACUACCUUCUUAUUUUGGGGCAAUUGCGGUGUUAGUCUGCUUCGUGUCUGCUGGUUUCUCUCUUGCAUUUGCUUUCGCUAUCAUUCCACGGCAGGUUAUGCCAUGGACAGGUUUGCUACUGAUGCUUGAGUGGACCUUUGUGGCAUUCUUCUUAUUGUUUGGGAGUUAUCUCCGUUUUGUCUACCGGUGGGGAAGUAUCAGUGCAAACCAUGUGGGAUUUAGCAAUUCUGACUCAUCGGAGAAUCAUAUGGGUCCAGGCCAUCAGCGAAAUAUGUCUGACUGCGACAUGGAUGCAACAUUUUACUGGAUAGGGAUGGCAUCUAUAGCUACUAUUACUGUACUGUUACCGACUAUCUUGGGCAUAACUGCAUUGUUCACAAAGCUAGGAUUAAUGGUCGCUGGUGGUAUUGUGCUGGCAUCUUUUAUGACAUACGCAGCGGAGCAUCUUGCAAUCUCAGUCUUCAACAAGGGUCAAAAAUACAGGAAUGCGUCAAGAACUCGAAGCUUUUGUUUUUAACGUUUAAGUAAAAAAUCCUUGUUGUAUUGUAGGUAGUUUUGUACACAAAAAGAAUGAUGAUUCAUUUUUAACACGUGGCUUCCUGCCCAUGGCCCCUUUUUUUGUAGCGCUGAUGUCACGCCAACUUGUGGUAAAUAGGUUUCCGACAUUGUUUCUGUAGCACAGUUGGCAUGAAGAUUACAGACAUGUUUUGGGAUCGUGACCCGCUUUUACUCGCUUAUAUUGAUGUUUAUGGUGAGAUUGUAGUA